UGUUCUGUCAUAACCAGUUGCACGUUACCAUCCCUUAACCUUCAUCUUUUCCAAAUGUUAAAGAAUUAAAUAGUUACAUAGAAAUAUUUUUCAAAUAAACUUAUAAAAGAAUUAUUCAUUUGGAGAUCUAGAUAAUGGAUCAUAAUAGCAUUCAAUUAAUGGAAGACAUCACGCUAGAAGGAAAAAAUACUGGAAAGUGUGUCGCAAAUGUACCAGGAAAGAAUAAAAGUAAAAAUGAAAGUCCUCGCUUUUCGAGUAAGCUGAAAGUAGAAAUGCAAACUUUAAGAAUAUCCAAAGAAUCUGAACGACAGCUUUACGACACUCUAAAACAUAUUUAUGGUCCUAGCUUUAAACUUUCUGAUGCGUCAGAGUUUGAAAAUAAAAAAUCAAACUUAGACAAACAAUAUUGGAUGGAAAGAGGCAACUUAGUUAUUAAAGGAAUAGUUGAUUAUUCUUCCAAAGAUACCAGGCCUAAAACUCAGGAACAAAUUACUAGACAAUUUGCGACAUCUAAACUUGAAAGUUAUGGUUUUCACCAAUCGCACUGCAUCGAAGCGUUAAUACAUACGAAAGGCGAUAUGGGAAAAGCUUUAGAAGUUUUGUUCUGUAAAUAUUAUGGACUUGAAACGAUCGAAAGAAGUCAAACGUCCGAUGAUAUCAGUCUAACAGAUUUAUUAGAAAGACGACGCGAGGAAAAAGAGACGCUCGAGUCUAUUUAUGGAGAUAUGUUUAUAGAAAAGAUAAAAAGUCAAAUUUGGAUCGUUCAACUUAAGUUAGAUUAUCUGGUAAGAAACGAUGCAAUAGAGCAAGAAAUACGAAAAAUUAAGCAUCAACAAGAAAAAGAGAAAGAGAAAGCAGUUUGUAGAUUAUUUAUUCAAAAGAAAUGUAAAUAUGGAAUUAAAUGUAAAUUUUUACAUCAGCAACCACAAGUAUUAAGAAUGCCUGAAAGAGAGGAUCCGCAGUUUACGUUAGAAAUAAGAUUUCCCAAAGGUUGUAAAUAUCCGUACGAACCACCGUAUUUCUACUUUUAUAAAAAUGAUGGUACGUUUCCAAGCGUAAACUGUUUAAGAAUAGGAAGAAGAUUAUACGACGAAGCACAGUCUAUAUCGAAAGAUGGAACUCCUUCUAUCUUUUCUGUAAUAUCUCUUUUGGAGAAUGAACUUGAAAUAAAAGGAUAUUUAGAAGUAAAUAAAGAACAAUUUUUGGAUCAAAACGAACUACUUUUUCCCAAAGAAUCGGUAACCGACGAUGGAACGGAUACAGCUACGCAUCACGAAUUAGGAUCUAUAACUAGAAAGUAUAGAGACAAUAUGACAUGGGAAGAGGUAUCAAAAACGGAUGAUCUGAUUCAUGAAAAUUUCAAAGAGAAACAAAAAAAUCCAAAAUAUAAAAGAAUGAAGGACGUUAGGAAGAAAUUACCUGCGUGGCCUAAAAUGGAUAACAUUUUAGAAAUAGUACAUGAAAAUCAAGUUACUAUCAUUUCAGGUGAAACAGGAUGUGGUAAAAGUACACAGGUGCCGCAAUUCUUAUUAGACGAUUGGAUUCUGAAUAGAUCCGAAUCAAAAGAACAUGUUAAUAUAGUAUGUACGCAACCUCGGAGAAUAAGCGCUGUGGGAGUAGCGGAAAGAGUUGCAGCAGAGAGAGAUGAACGCGUAGGCGACACAGUAGGAUAUCAAAUACGAUUGGAAAGCAAAAUGUCCAACAAAACCAGAUUAACAUUUUGUACAACCGGCAUUUUGUUGCAAAGAUUGUCCAUGAAUCCAGACUUGACCGAUGUUACUCACGUAAUAGUGGAUGAAGUUCACGAAAGAAGCGCAGAAAGCGACUUCCUCUUGAUGCUAUUGAAGGAAUUAUUACGUAAAAGAUCAAACCUGAAAAUAAUACUUAUGAGUGCAACACUUAAAGCUGAGGCUUUUUCCUCGUACUUUAGAGAAGCUCCUAUUUUGUGUAUUCCAGGAAAAACGUUCCCUGUGGAACAAAUCUUUUUAGAAGAUAUAUUUGAAAGGAUAAAUUAUGUACUCGAAGAAAAUUCGAAAUUCACGCGGAAAAUUAAAUGCGAUUGGGAGCAGUUGCAAAUAGAUCUCGAAACUGCGGAGGUCGAAGGGGCUAGCGGUGCUGUAGUUAAAGAAUCGAUUCAAGACGAAAAUUUAACGUUAACGCAGAUUGUUAGUAGAUAUCACGGUUACGAUAGGCAAACACAGAAGAAUUUGUACGUUAUGGAUCACGAGAAAAUUAAUUUUGAACUUAUAGAGGCGAUAUUAGAAUGGAUUAUUUUGGGGGAACACGAUUACCCGAAUACUGGCUCCAUUCUAGUAUUUUUACCAGGAUUUGCUGAAAUUAUUACACUGAAAAAUCAAUUAAAUGGAAACGCGCACCUUUCUCCGAAGACAGGAAAGUUUGUUAUUGUACCGUUACAUUCAACUUUAUCUAACGAAGAGCAAAAUUUAGUUUUCAAAAAGACUGGAGAUGUUAGAAAAAUAGUACUAAGCACAAAUUUAGCCGAAACAUCUAUUACUAUAGACGAUUGUGUUUUCGUAAUUGAUAGCGGAAAAAUGAAAGAAACUAGAUUCAAUUCGAACCAAAAUAUGGAAAGUUUAGAAACAUGUUGGGUGUCGCAAGCGAAUGCAUUACAAAGAAAAGGUCGUGCCGGACGUGUGAUGCCUGGAGUAUGCGUUCAUUUAUAUACUUCGUACAAAUUUAAAUACCACUUUCUGGCACAACCAGUACCUGAAAUAUUAAGAAUUCCUUUAGAACCAUUACUGUUACGUAUUCAACUUUUACAUAAAGGAAGAAAAGUAGACUUACAUAGUAUCUUAGGUAAAAUGUUAGAACCACCAACGGAAGAAAAUAUUUACAAUGCAAUUAAACGUUUACAAGAUGUUGGUGCGUUUACUUCUGAAUAUAUAUUGACUCCGUUAGGCCAUCAUCUCGCUGCAUUACCCGUGAACGUACGAAUUGGGAAAUUAAUAUUAUUCGGUGCGAUCUUUUGCUGCCUUGACUCCGCUCUCACCAUUGCGGCUUGUUUGUCUCAUAAAAAUCCGUUUAAUAUACCUUUCGAGAAAAAACACGAAAUAGAUGCUAAGAAAGAAUUCUUUACAGCUAAUUCCGAUCAUUUAACUAUUCUGAAAGCGUACAAGAAAUGGUUGGAAGCAUGCGCGCAUAGUAAUUACGCAGGACACGUUUUCGCUAACGAAAACUAUUUAUCCAUGCGAACAUUAUAUACUUUGGCAGAUAUUAAGUAUCAAUUCUUAGAAUUAUUAGUUUCGAUUGGUUUUGUUCCAAUUAAUUUGCCCAAACGACAACCAAAUGUCGAUAAAGUCUUGGAAAUUACUGGGCCUGAAUUAAACAUAAACAAUGAUAAUUACAAACUUCUUCAAGGUUUACUUUGCGCUGCUCUCUACCCUAAUGUCGUGAAAGUUUUUACACCAGAAAAAUCCUUUAAAAUGCAAUCUGCUGGAGCAAUUCCUAUACAACCUAAGCCAGAGGAACUUAGAUUUCAAACAAAGAACGAUGGUUUCGUCAGUAUCCAUCCAUCUUCCGUUAAUUUCCACGUGGGUUAUUUCUCCAGUCCGUAUUUAGUAUUUCAGGAAAAAAUUAAAACAAGCAAAGUGUUCAUUAAGGAAAUUUCAAUGGUGCCAAUUCUAUUGUUAAUUUUGUUCUCUGGUUAUGAACUAAACAUAGAACUGCACAAUGGUCUAUCUAUCGUAUCGUUAGAAGAUGGCUGGAUUUUGUUUAGCGUUGAAUCGCAUACGGUGGGUCAACUUUUACAGAGAAUAAGAGUAGAAUUGAUCACGUUAUUGGAACAAAAGAUGAAAGACCCUCUUUUGAAUUUAUUAAAUCAUCAAAAUGGAAAGAAAAUUAUACAAACAAUAGUAAAUGUAGUAACAAGAGAAUAGAAUAUAAUAUAUAUUUUAAACUUCUUA